AUGGCAGAAAACGUCCACGAGCUAGGGGAAGAGCGGAUGAGGAUGCUAAAGGCCUUUGACGAAACAAAAGCCGGCGUCAAAGGCCUGAUGGACUCCGGCAUACGAAAAGUCCCGGAGAUUUUCGUGAGGCCGCCCGAGGAGAUUGCUUGUGAGGUGGCGCACAUAAACACGUCAGAAUUCAGGGUGCCGGUGAUCGAUCUUAGCCGCAUAGAAGCAGGUCCCGAAAGCCGAAAGGCGGUUGUGGAGCAGGUGACAGCGGCCUCGGGCACUUGGGGAUUCUUCCAGGUGGCCAACCACGGGAUUCCAUGGGACGUGCUCGACCGAAUGAUCGAUGGGGUCCGCGCGUUCAACGAGCUGGACGCGGACGAGAGAAAGAAGUACUACUCUCGGGAUUUCGCGGGCCGCGUGAGGUACGGCAGCAACUUUGACCUCUACAGUUCGAGGACCGCCAACUGGAGAGACACCUUGAACUUCAUAUUUCCCGACCAAAUCAACACCGAUGAAUUGCCUGAAUCUUGCCGGGAAAGCACGGUAGAAUACUCGAAGUAUGUACAAAUGUUGGGAAAUACACUGCUGGAGUUGCUCUCGGAGGCACUUGGACUAAAGCCAGACCACCUUCUUAACAUGGAAUGCUCAAAGGGGUUCCGGUUCAGCUGUCACUAUUAUCCGGCUUGUCCCGAGCCGGAGCUCACUCUCGGGACCUCUAAGCAUUCGGAUCCGGGAUUUCUUACAAUUCUUCUGCAGAGCCAAAUCAGUGGUCUCCAGGUUUUGCACCAGGGCCAGUGGGUUAAUAUUGAACCGAAUCCAGGGGUUUUGGUUGUCAAUAUUGGGGAUUUGCUCCAGUUGGUGUCGAAUGGGAGAUUCAAAAGCGUUAAACACAGAGUGGUGGCGAGGAGCAUUGGGCCGAGAAUAUCUGUGGCGUUCUUCUUGUCCGGGCCGGUAGGUGAGGUUAAGGUUUAUGGUCCAAUCGAAGAGAUGUUGUCCGAAGAAGAUCCGGCCAAGUACAGGGAGGUGAUGUUGAGUGAUUAUAUAAUGAGGUUUGUGAAUACGCCACUUGACGGCAACUUUGGUGUGGAUUAUUACAAGUUACCGUGA